GCAAGGGGCAACAGAUGUCCUUCCGCAUGACGCACGCGGGGUGGCCGUCCCUCUACCAGUCUCGCGUCUAGUGGUGGUUGUGCGCGUCGCGUCGACGGUGACAGACGAGGUAGCCUCUCUUUCGUCCUCGCAAGGAUCUCGUUGAACGGACACGUCCGAGAGAAAUGUUCGCGUAAAAUGACGUUGGACGCGCGUCGAGUAAUUUCCUCCCGACAAGGAACAUUUCCUGGUUAGCGCGCGAUGUGCGAGGUAUCGAAAGGGCAACGGAGAGCUUUCCGCGAUCGGGAUCCACCGCGAAUAUGCAACAAGAGCGCGGAAAAUUUGCUGCGGGACGAGCUCGAGUUUUCGCGCUCGACCCCAAGCUCGCCGACGAUCCUCCAACGCGCCGCCAGCCUCGAGAAAUGCUUCAGCGAGCCCGAGUUCUUCCAGAAGCAGCGCGAGCUGCUCUCGAAGCACGAACAGCGGGCGAGGGAGAAGGGCAGCGGCGGUGAGGAAAACAUCAUCUCCGAUCUCGCACGUGGCGCGGACGACGAUUCCGAAAGAAUGGUCGAGGUCGCGAGAAGCACUUCGGAGGAUCUCCUGAGGGAACUCUCCGCCAAAGUGCCUUCCCCCUACAAGCAGGUGAAUGAGGUGAUUACUAACGGUCUCAAGUGCGACUCGGACGACGUUGACGGUUUGACAAACGAAAGAAAAAUGGCACCGGUUCUGGGCGUACCACCUCCGCCACCACCGGCUCCUCACAUGGGACCAGACGGCUUAAUUUUGCCGAGAAAACCGUAUAAUCCUUGCCUUAUCUCCACUAAUCAUAAGGACCUGCACAGAGAGUUGCUCUUUAAUCAGAAAAUUGGCAAAAAUGUCUUGAAUCAGAAGAGCGAGCUGCAACGUGCUUUGGAGAAACAUAGAGAAGCUGUGUCAAGAAGGGAAGCUGAAAGGAUUCGAGAAGAAAGUUACAAGGACGAUCCCAGAACCGCUUUGCAAAGAGCGAUUGAGCAGAGAGCAAGAAACAUCCAAUUAACGCAAGAGCAAUCGCAGGCGACGAUGGAACCGCCGAGCAAUCUCCUGGUAAAAGCGAGGGCGAAUCUGAGGCCUCGCACCGAGUCCCAGUGAGCCUAGCGAAGAUCAGAAGUCGCGCCCGAAUGAAUAAGACGAUCGAUCGAUCUCGAUUCGCUCGGGUGGCUCAUCGUGUAAUUUCAUACCUCGGCGCCUUAUCGAUCGCAAUCAACAUGUAUAUAAGCGUAACAUCUGAUAAGAUUUCGUUGGCACGAGGAUUACUACGGCGUCUCUCAUUUGGCGCGUCGAAAGGUGUGUUGUAAUGGGCGUUAAGAGAUAACACGCUACAUAUUUGAUCGCUCGAUUGCGAGCGAGGAGAGGAUCGGUGGAUCUGUCUCGUGUCAGAACACGUGUCAAUCCACUGCAAAAUCAUUCCCAGAACAACGCGAAGGACCAAAUAAUGUUGUGUCUUGAAGAUUAGAACUUAUCACUUUAUGAUUUAAAUAUCGUAAAUUACGAUGUCGUUCGUAAACUGCCUGGAUCUUGUAACAUGCAAGCAAACGGCUCAUAAGAACGUAUCAGGUGUCUCGAUGUACAAUCAACAAUAAUAAUAAAUAGUAAACCUCAAUGUGCCGAGCUUAGUUGGAUGACCAAUUAAAACGAUGUCGAUAAAAACUGUAAUGCGUUAUAUUUUAUUAUAUAUGAUUAUUAUAUCGGUAAUUAUCAUAUAUAAUAAAGUAAUCUGGUAAUUAUUAUACGUGUAAACUCGAAUAUAUAAUAACCAACGUAUUUUUUCUUACGAGAACAAAGGUGAUUUCGUCGCGAGAGCACCGACAGUAACACGCGAUAGUAACACAGUUUGGCAGAGUAGGACAGAGUAGGACAGAGUAGAACACAGAUUGACAAUAGACAGAAUAAGCGAUAGAUAGAUGGUGAGAUAACGCGGAAGAAUUUAUUCAUCUCUGUUUCGAUUUUUUUGAUCUUGAGCGAUACGAAAUGUUUCUUUUCAUUUCUCAAAAUUCAAUUUUUUUAAGACAUUUUAUAAAAUUUGCGUUAAAAUGAUAAAUGGAUGAUGUAUUUUCCAAGGAUCGACUUUUAUUUGCGCAAUAAAGAAAAAUUGAAAUUUAUUAUUUUGUUACACGUAAGCGAAAUAUUCCGUAUCGUUUAAGAUUAAUCGCUCGAAAUACGCACGAGAAUUCUGGAUGUGCGAGGACACUUGCGAUCAUGUAUAUCCUGAAUACGUUUCGUUUACACAAGGCAAUGGUAAGCACGUGAUCGCUUUUUCUUCCUUUUCCCCUCUUGGAAGUCCUGACGGCGGUGUCUUCCACUUCCACCAUCUUCGGCGAUUCGAGUACGUAGAAAGUAUUUUGUAUUCGAAGCUCAUUCUCUCUUUCGGAUCACCAACGAUGGCAUUAUUCGCAUUCUUGUUGGAUACGUCACGAAGCCUUGAGUUGAGUCACGUUAAAGAGUAGAACGGGUUCCACUCGAAGAUACGCGCAACUGAUCGCACGACUCAUAGUUCUCGAUUUGUCACGGUAGCUUCUGCCGUUAUGAGUCAAUGCAGCUAUAGCGGAAGAUUUAUCUGAAACUUGAUGCUUUUUACUUCAUACUUUUUACUUACUAUAAAAAAUAUUUUAUAUGCGAAUUAAACGCCAAAAUUAUAUUUCAUUACAGUUAUAUAGAAAUAAUGCCACUGUGCGCGAAAAUAAAAAUUCCGCCAGAAGACAAGAGAGGAUAGGUCAGGACUUUUCGCGAGAUCAUGUUCUUACACUUCGUUAUAUGAUAAUGAGAGAAAUGUGUGACAUUAGCAAGAUGCUGAGUAACAAUUGUUGCGAGCCGUAUUUAAAUGUCGAAUCGACAUCAAUGCUUAUUACAUCUCGUGGUUUAUUGUUUGAAGAAUCUUGCGAAAACGUGCGCAGCCUCUUAGGCUUAUAAAUAAUAAGACAUGAAUUUGUUACACCUUUAAUUUACCGAUCAAUUCACGAAGAUUUUAUAACAUAUAAUUCGCGUUCUUAAAUGCGUAGGGAAAUAUAUCGACAUAUAGAGAUUCGCUAUAGAGAAGCCGCAAAUGCAGAAUACUUUCGUUUUCUUUUUGUACAGUUGUCACAUGUAUGUAUUAUUAAACUCUUUAUGUUUAUCGUUUUAACAUUAAAAAAUUAAUUAUAUUCAGGACUAUAAGAUCAUCGCAAUGAUAUAAAUUUCGAAUUCCAAAUAUAUUUUAUUCAAUACUAAACACACCAUUCCCGUUAUUUCCAUUUUAGGGUAAGACUGUAAGAAAUCAGUAAUAAAGAUUUAAAAAACGUUA